AAGAAAAUGACAAAUUGAGAAGAAAAAUGAGGGACAACCACAAUGUAACAUCUUGGCAUAUGCAUGAUCUGUUUGAGUGGGUUGGCAAAAGGAGGAAGCUGAAAGCCAAAAAUGUUCGGCCAUGCUGACCUAUCACUUGUGUGAGCUUGCAAGCAAAAGGCAUAGUUUGGAUGUUGCAGCAGCUGCUUCAGUCUAGUAUUUGCCAUGUAAAUGUAAUCCAUUUAUUUGAUCCAGUACUCCUCACUCCCUGGGAUCCUCAAUCCCAUUAAAAAAAGCCCAGAAAUCUUGACCGUUCAAUCCUUCACCGAAUGGUUCUCACUUGAGUACACGUGCUGCCUAUCUUUUCUUUUCCUUUUGAAUCUUUUGCUUCCAUGCAUGGAAUUCUCCUCCAACCACAACUCAAAAGCAAAGGAGAGAGAGAGAGAAAGGGUCCUGGUUUUGCUUUGAUUGUUCUUCUUAUAGGCCUGUUCAUCGCCAUCAUUAGCGACCCAUCUCCUUUAAAAUUUUGAUUUUUCUAUUUCAAAAGCCAUUAAAGUAUUUUUGUUUAAACAUUGGAAGGUGUUGAGGUGAAAAAAAUGGGAUUUAAAGAGGUGGGUCGGAUCUUUUUGUUGUACUUAAAGCAAGGAACUGUCACAUCUCAACUCCUGAUUCUCGUCUGAUCAUAUCCACUGAAACAAAAGCAAGAAGCUUUGCGAUCUGUUUUCUCUCCUCCUUGAUCUGGAUUUUGAUUCUUGUUUCCUUUGCUUGCUUCUUCACCAUUCAAGAUAUCUUCUUGGUCACAGCCAAAGAUCAUGAAAAAUGCCGUCUUUCGAAGAUUCGAGGUAAGAAAUGAGCAACUGAUCCUGUUUCCUUUACUGGGUAUUUUCUGUUUUUCAGUGAUCAACCUCCAUUGAUUUUUAAUGGAACAAAAUCAAGAGAAGAAGUUUGUUUGCAAGUUUUGCAACAAGAGGUACCCAUGUGGGAAGUCCUUAGGUGGUCACAUAAGGACUCAUAUGAAUAUUGAAAAUUAUGCUGAAGCAGAGGAAGGAGCAGCUGAACUCUCCAAAAACAAGCUUCUCUCCAGCAGUAAUUCUAGAAACAUCAAGAGAGUUGCAGAGGCUGAAUCUGGUGGCCUAUCUGCAGCUUAUGGCCUGAGGGAGAACCCCAAGAAAACCAAGAGGUUUUCUGAUCCAGGCAACGCUUCUUUACUCAAAGAGAUGAUUUGUAAAGAAUGUGGUAAGGGUUUCCAAUCUUUGAAAGCUCUUUGUGGUCACAUGGCUUGUCACUCAGAGAAAGAGAGGGUCUUUCAGAAGUUUGAGGAUCAUUCAGGUAAUAGUGAUAAACAGAAGCUGGUAAUGGAUAGUCAGUCAGAUACUGAAACAUCAGCUCCAAGUAGGAGGAGGAGAUCCAAAAGAAUAAGGUACAAGGCAAUUGGCGUUUACUCUAAUAAUUCAGUUUCUUUAGCUAAUGGUUCUUCAUCUGUAUCAGAGAUAGAGCAAGAACAAGAAGAGGUUGCUAUGUGUUUGAUGUUGCUGUCAAGGGAUUCUGGUUGUAAGAAAGGAUUGAAUUCAGUUGCCGACUCUUCAGAUAACAAUUCUGUCGUUUUCGAAGCUAAAUCAUCAUCUAUUGAUGUGAGGAUUACUAUUAAGAAUGACAUGAAAUGUGUUUCUAACAGUGGUGAGCUUUUGAAGAUGAAAAAACAAAGAGACAACAACUUGAAAUCUGCUGAGUCUGGUCCUUCUUCUGAGAAUUCUGAUUCUGGUUAUUUUAGUAAUGGACCCAAGAAACUUAAGGUGGAGUCUGGAUCUGGAUACGAGGACUUUGAUGAAAAUUUUGGGAAGAGUUUGAGUAAAUUCAAAUGUGUGAAAACUGAAUUUCCAAAGGAUUUGAUUAGUGAAAUAGGAGAUAAUCGAGCAGAUAGAGCUUUGACCAAGUAUGAUUUAAGAAGAAGUGCCAAGAAUGAUUAUUACAGUCCUGAAUAUUUGUGCACCAGUUCUUCAAAGGGAAGCAAAUAUAAGUGUUUGACCUGUAAGAAGACCUUCGAUUCCCCCAGGGCUCUUGGAGGGCACACAGCAAGGCAUACGAAGGUCAAUGACUGCAGUGAGUCAAUACAUGAUAGCGGUGAAGAUAGCUUAACAAAUGAUUCUUUUCCUGUUCCAAUGACUUAUAGAAAAGUUACCAAGUUUUCACAUGGCAAAACCCUAAGUAUUUGUCGUGGUUCAUCUGGCAAUGCGGGGAAAAGAUUGGGAUCAAAGAAAAACAAGGGGCAUGAGUGCCCAUUCUGCUUCAGGGUUUUCAAGUCAGGCCAAGCUUUAGGAGGUCACAAAAGGUCCCAUUUUAUUGGAGGUUCCAAGGACAGAACAUUGGUGAUCAAGCAAAACUCACCCGAGAUGCCAGCUCUAAUUGAUCUUAACCUUCCAGCUCCUGUUGAAGAAGAUGCAAUGGUGAAUGCUGGGCUCAUGCCAUGGUAGAUUUGAAGCAACUGAAGCAUGACUCUUGCUGGUGGCAUGGUGGGUUUGAUCCCUAAAUGAGCAAAUUUUUGGCAUAGGAUAAUUCAUCAUGAUGCAAGAGAUCUUAGACUGUAUAGACAAGUAAAUUUAAUUGUGUUUCUCCUUUGCUUCAAAUUCAAGGUAAAUGUUCCCCACCUGUUGCUUCUAAAAGUUGUUUUCUUUUGAUUUUAUCCAUGUUCUUGGAUUAUGUCUUCAUUCUUACAACUUCCAAUUCUUUGUCUAUCU